GCCCCUUGUCAGCUGGCUACCGCUUACAUUGACUAGUGUAUAAAACCACGUCGCACCAGGAUUUAGCAGACAGGUGUCAUUCCGGUUGCGCCAUCUCAAGGGUUUAGGUUCGGGCCCCAGAUGAGCUCUGUGAUACUAUCAUAAAGUACAUAUUCUGAGCGAAUGUCGCAAACGUCACAAAUGGCACAAGCGUCUCCAUCGGCACCGCCAGCCCCUGUUGCCCCGCCGGCUCGUCGACGUGUUGAGUACUACAAAGAGGAGAACUUUAAGGACCUUGACCUCACACGCACAGUGCACUUGGGCUGGGGCGCACUGGGAGGCGCUGCUGGGAUAUUGCUUUGCAUGGGGAUGUCCAUGGCUACGCAAGGCCGAAGCUGGAACGUCAGCUUCAUGUGGCUGCAGCGACGAGUGGGUGCACAGUUCGGUACCAUGAGCUACAUUAUCACCUCCAACCUGCUCUACUACCACGACGGGGACCGCUGGAUCACACGCGACUGGCCCAGCAUCAUGGAGCGCUGGACCAGCCGCCGGCGCGGCGGCCGCGGCGUGCCGCUGGAGCAGUAGGCAGUAGCAGUAGCAGCGCGGCGCAGUGGGAAUGGCAGUAGCAUCACGGCCGCAGGACAGUGGGGCCACAGCUGCAGCGACGCUGCGCCUUACGCUGGAGCAGUAGGCAGUAGCAGUAGCAGCGCGGCGCAGUGGGAAUGGCAGUAGCAUCACGGCCGCAGGACAGUGGGGCCAUAGCUGCAGCGACGCUGCGCCUUACGCUGGAGCAGUAGGCAGUAGCAGUAGCAGCGCGGCGCAGUGGGAAUGGCAGUAGCAUCACGGCCGCAGGACAGUGGGGCCAUAGCUGCAGCGACGCUGCGCCUUACGCUGGAGCAGUAGGCAGUAGCAGUAGCAGCGCGGCGCAGUGGGAAUGGCAGUAGCAUCACGGCCGCAGGACAGUGGGGCCAUAGCUGCAGCGACGCUGCGCCUUACGAUGGCGACGGCGCGGCACGUAAACAGAAGCAGAUCUGGCAGGGUGCGCGAGCAGGACUGCGGCGGCGAUGGUUAUGUCAGCAAGAAGCAAACAAGAGGACAGAGACACAGAGUGCUGACGGGUCAAGCGCCAACAGGCAAAGGGAGCUGUUAUCAGCACAACCUCCUGUGGCGGGGCUCGUGAGCACGCGGCGUGCAUGGACGUGGGGUGGCCCUGCACAGGGCCUUUGUGAAGAAGGAAGGCCACAACAGCUGGAGGCUGUCCAAGGUCUGAUGAGGGUCACAGCUCAGAGUCACUGGGUUAGGCUAGGUGCGUGUUUGCUCAGCAGCCCCGCUGCUCUCAGCAUUCGUCUGUAUGCGGGGGGGGCCUUACAGCUAAGGGCUGGAGCGCAAGCGUCCCUUGCUUGCGGCGCCAAAUGUAUACUAGUAGAUGACCAUUGCACAGAGCCAAUGUGAGGGCCUAGGGAUAUGUGUUGACGGUUGACCCAAACAAACUAACGCAUGGUUGCUUUCCUUUGGAAGAGCCUAUGGUCCCCCGGUCGGCCAUGAAAUGACCUUCCGCUGGCGGGGAUGGGGCGCAUGUCCUCUAAACGUGUCGGAUGCGCAGCAGCCAGCAUCCCAGCAGGGUGCAGGGACAGCCGAACACGGCCUGGGCGCGCACCCUUGUGAGGAAGCAUCGUCGAUAAGUGGGCGCUUGGAACCCCCGACCUGGGCUGAACGGCACCAGACCACACUGUCGCUGUCGUGACUGUCAUCCCUGCAAAUGGGGAACCUGACAGCAGCGCAGGCGCCACAGGCGUGGAGGCGCUCUGAUUGCAGGCCCCCUCAGGCCCCUAGCAGCUGUCAUCAUCGGGCGGAGCUGAUCGUGCCAGGGCCCCAGGGUGCGAUGAGACAUGGUAAGGGGCAGGGUGGCGCAGGGGUGCCCCUCGGCGCCGCUUAAUGGCUCCCUUGAUCCUCCAUUGCAGCGUCCACAGACAGGAAACCGUGGUACGAUACGUGGCCGGGCACGUGACAGGUGUGUGGGGGAGCGACGGGACGUAUUGUGGACGAUUGCGCAGACCACCCCUGGUGGAGACGUCGACGUUAUGCGUGCUGUAACAACUAUCUAGA